AUGAUCGCUCGUUAUGAUCGCAACGAUAACUAGCGCCAUCUAUUUAUGUCUAGUGUGAGUUUAUCGACUUUGUGCUUGAAUGCCGGACGCGCUCUCUUUUCAGAUGUGGGCUUGAAACGGCGUAGCGGAUGCACGCUUCGUUUUUCAAGGGUCUUGCGUCUGAAGGAGAAUGAGGCAGAAAUUCACACCGCUUGACGGGGAGUCUCAGAUGUGGGCAUGGGCAGAGAAUCACCCGCCAUGUGCCGCUAUCUGUACGCCCCUCCUGGAGAUGCGUUGGGCUCGCAUUCGUGUUGUCUUUCUCCGAGCCUCCGCGGCGACAUGAAGUAAUUAUCCCUAUUUCAACCGACUCCCGACCAAGACCAGAUCUCGGGACUCCAAGUCCCUAGGCAAUGUCCACAGCUCCUAUGACAAAGCUUUCAAAAUGCAGAGUUCAACAUCACAAGCAAGUAAGCGGGUCAAGUCACGUGAGUCGAGCUAGAUCUCGGCGAGGCCAAGGCAAGAGAAAAGAAGGGCCACUCAUAGAACUCAAAACAAGCUUUUUUCUUGGUUUGAUUCGCCGUCAAGUUCCCGUUCGUUUGCUUUUCUGCGCAUCCUCUGCAACGUGAGAAUGAAACGACAGGAGACAAACUGUCUGGGAAAAGACCCGUCCGGCGACGUUUGAGGCUGACUGGAAGUAGUUCCAACGACAUUGAGCGAAAUUACCGAAUAGAACAAGGA